AUGUUUCAAUUCUCCCUAUGGUCCUUGUUGGUCUUUUCAGGCGGCACAUGGGUUGCAUAUCUUGUAAUGUUGCUCGUGUACAACCUGUUUUUCCACCCCCUACGCAAGUUUCCUGGGCCCUGGCUCAAUAGCGUUACACAAAUUCCCCAUACACUCCUCAUGCUCUGUGGACUGCCUCACAAGAGGCAUCUUGCGCUUCAUAUGAAGUAUGGCCCAGUUGUACGAGUAGGGCCGAACAUGCUCUCGUUCAAUCACCCAGAUGCCAUGAAGGAUGUUCGUGGUCAUCGCAAAGCGGGUGAAGCUGAACAUGGUAAGGAUCCAAUCUCAGUACAAUCCAAUGGAGACAACAUCGUUGGUAGCGAUCGUGAGAACCAUACUCGCUUCCGCCGUGCUCUCGCAUAUGGCUUUUCUGCUCAGGCAAUGCUUGAACAAGAGCCUACCUUUAAAGCAUAUGUCAAUCAGCUAUUUCAACGUCUCCAUGAGCAGUCAUGCAAUGGUACAAAAACAGUUGACAUUUCGAAGUGGUAUACUUUUACGACAUUUGACAUGAUCGGUGACUUGGCGUUUGGAGAGUCCUUUAGCUGCCUUGACAACUCUACUUACCACCCAUGGGUAUCUCUGGCCUUUGAGAGUCUCAAGAGUCUUGCUUUCUUAGCUGAGAUAGGCCGAUAUCCAAGAAUUGCCCCCUACGCUGGUCUUUUGCUUCCUCGAGGUCUCCUCACCAAGUUUGCAGAGAACAAAGAGCUUGCCAGCAUGAAGGUGCGCAAGCGACUUGAUACUGAAACAGACAGACCAGAUUUUGUGGGCAAGAUUACACAAGGGCUGAAAUCCAAAGGAACAAGUAUGGAGUUCAACGAGCUCGCAUCUAACGCCUCGGUUUUGAUCGUGGCUGGUUCUGAGACAACCGCUACCCUGCUUUCUGCCGCCGUAUACUUUCUCUGUGCCAACUCACGUACACUGGACCUCUUGACUGAAGAGGUCCGAUCUACUUACAUGCGAGCGAAUGAUAUUGACCUUGUGUCCACACAGGGACUGAGGUACAUGCAGGCAGUUCUGGAUGAGGCUCUGCGCAUGUACCCGCCUGUAGCAGGUGGAGGUUCGCCACGAAAGAUAGCCAAAGGUGGCAGUUUUGUUGCCGGAUACUUUGUUCCGGAGGACACCUUGGUUGAGAACGACAUGUGGGCAACGCACUACGACCCAAAGUAUUUCAACCAACCACACGACUUCGUUCCUGAGCGAUGGCUCGGAGAUGAGCGUUUCAAAAAUGACCGUCUUGAUGCUGUCAAGCCUUUCUCAAUCGGCCCACGAAAUUGUAUUGGUAUGAAUCUUGCGUACGCAGAGAUGCGCAUGAUGCUGGCAAGAACAGUUUGGGAGUUUGACAUUCGUCUUUCCGAAAGCAGCCAGAAUUGGUACAAAGAAAGCAGAGUCUAUCUCGCAUGGAACAAACCUCCCCUGAACGUGUACCUCGCCCCCAGGUGA